AUGUCCAACGCACCUCGAGGUGGCGGAGAUAGAGGUCGCGGUGGUGGGGAUAGAGGCCGAGGUGGUUAUCGAGGUGAUCGUGGUGAUCGUGGAGGUGGCCGUGGUGGCGGAAGAGGCGACUUUGGAGGGAGAGGGAGAGGAGACGGUGGAUUUCGCGGAGAUAGAGGCGGCGGUUUUCGUGGCGACAGGGGUGGUGGUUUCCGCGGCGAUAGAGGUGGGGGCUUCCGAGGAGAUAGAGGUGGAGGUGGAGGUCGUGGUGGUAGAGGAGGUUAUAGUGGGCCGCCUGGAGGUGGCCAACAAGGCAUCGAGGCUUUCUCCAACUCCAAUCCGCAAGACCCGAAGGUCGCCAAGAUUGAAGAUGCCCUGCUUCCGAUUGCAAAGAAAGGGCUCGAUCUGAGCACUUUGAAGCUGAAAGAGGGUAACCCGACUAGGCCUGGGUAUGGAACUAGGGGUAUCAAGGUGGAGCUUACUGCAAACUACGUUGAGUUGCUGCCACCAUCAGACAUGGUAUUGUAUCGCUACGAUAUCGAUGUUCAGCCCGAAGCGACUGGAAGGAAGCGGCACAGAAUUGUCGAGCUCCUACUCCAGACGCCGCAAAUGGCUGUACACAAAGCCGAUAUUGCAACCGAUUUCCGAGCAACCAUCAUUUCGAAGACAAAAUUCAAGCAUGACGACGACAUUUUCGAGAUUCAGUUCCGGUCUGAAGGCGAGGACGAACCGGCAGCCAACGCCGCUGUAUACAAGGUUCGCGUCAAAUACACAAAGGCUUUGAGCAUUGGUGAGUUGGUCAACUGGAUGAACUCUACCAAUAUUGGUCAGUCAUUUGGUGACAAACAAGAGCUGACUCAAGCGCUCAAUAUCUUUUUGAAUCACUACGCUAAGUCGGCAAACAACCUUGCCACGAUAGGGUCGACGAAAAGCUUCUCUCUCAACCAGAACACGAUGAAAGCUGAUCUGGGCUCUGGCCUCAAUGUCAUUCGUGGUUUCUUCUCCAGCGUGCGUGUUGCAACGGCUCGAAUCUUGGUCAACAUCAACGUCAGCCACGGAGCGUUUUACCACGAUGGGCCCCUACCAGCGCUUAUGGGAAACUAUGGUACCCGAAACACCAGCGCCCUAGAGAAGUUUCUUAAGUUGGUUCGUGUCCAGACAAAUCAUCUCCCUGAGAAGCGUAACAAAGCUGGUCAGGUCAUUCCACGAAUCAAGACCAUUUUUGGACUUGCUAGGAAGGACGAUGGACACAAACUGACCAAUAGACCACGCAUCAAGGCGCAUGGCGCAGGCGCCAAGGAUGUUGAGUUCUGGCUUGACAGCGAUGCUGGAUCGUCUGGUGUACCCAAGGCGGAAGCGAGCGCUUCGAAGGGCAAGGGCAAAGGAAAGGCUCAGCCGAAGGGACCAGCACCUUCUGGAUCCGGCCGAUAUAUCACUGUGUUCGACUUCUUUAGAACAACAUACAACCGUAUCCUCCAACACCCUGAACUUCCUGUAGUCAAUUGUGGCAACCGGGAGAAUCCGAUGUACCUUCCUGCAGAGGUUUGCAUCGUCGUUCCGGGCCAGCCAUCGAAGGCCAAGCUUGAUGCCUUCCAGACACAGCAAAUGAUCCGAUACGCUGUUCGUAAGCCAUGGGACAACGCAAAGUCGGUUCUUGAUGAGGGCGUACCGACUGUUGGGCUCGAUGGGAAUGCGAACAUACUUCUGCGCUCUUUCGGUCUUACCGUUACUCCGGGUCUAAUCAAAGUACCAGGUCGAGUUCUCGCCGGUCCAAGGGUCAUUUACCAACAAAACAAAACUGCUUCAGUUGACCAGAAGUUUGGCCGUUGGAACAUGAUGAACAUCAAGUUUCACACCGGUACCAGACUGGCGAAGUGGUCGACUGUCAUGAUAACUCUUCCGAAUAGACAAGGUUCCUUUGACGCCCAGGCCUUAACUAUAGUGAUGCAGGAAUUUCAUCAAGGAUUGCUCAAGGUCGGUGUCAUGGCUGAGAAGCCCAUGCCUGUGCAACGUCUCCAGCUUCAGCACGCAGAUGACGCUUCCCUAGGUCCAUUCCUACGAAAGGAGGCCGACCGUGUCGAUCUAUUGUUCAUUGUCUUGCCAGAGGUAAACACAACUCUGUACAAGCGCAUCAAGACGCUCGCCGACAAAGACUAUGGUCUUCACACCAUCUGUUCUGUGGGCUCUAAGCUCUGGAAGGACCGAGGACGGGACCAAUACAUUGCCAACGUGGCGCUGAAGUUCAAUCUGAAGUUGGGUGGCAUCAACCAGAUCGUCGAGAAAACGAACUUGGGUUUGAUUGAAGCUGACAAAACCAUGGUAGUCGGUAUUGACGUCACUCACCCAUCGCCUGGCUCAGCUUCUAACGCACCAUCGGUGUCGGCAAUGGUCGCGUCUGUUGACAGGUUCCUUGGUCAAUGGCCUGCUACUCUGCGUAUCCAGCGUGGAAGACAGGAGAAUGUCGACGACCUCGCCGAGAUGCUUAAAUCACGACUCAACCUGUGGAGGACCAAGGGCAAGGAUCACCAAGGCCGACCCCACCAAUCUUUGCCUGAGAAUAUUCUGAUCUACCGUGAUGGAGUGUCAGAGGGACAGUACGAUAUGGUGCUCUCACAAGAGCUUCCCCAGUUGCGGAGAGCAUGCGAGGCAGUGUACCCAGCCACCGAUACCAAGAAAGGUCUCCCGCGUUUCACGAUCGUCAUCUGCGGCAAGCGACACAAGACACGCUUCUACCCAACAGCCACGAAAGAUUGCGACGGAAAUCCUGAUAUUGGCAAGAGCUCCGGCAACACGAAGCCCGGUACUGUCGUUGAUCGCGGCGUAACUGAAGCCCGCAAUUGGGACUUCUUCCUCCAAGCUCACGCCGCACUCCAGGGCACGGCUCGCCCUUGCCAUUACUACAUCGUGCACGACGAGAUAUUCCGUCAGAUCUACGCGAAACAGGUUCCGGCGCCGUUCAGCAACAUCGCUGAUAUUGUCGAAGACCUCACGCACAAUAUGUGUUACCUGUUCGGUCGUGCGACCAAAGCUGUCAGCCUCUGUCCACCAGCUUACUACGCUGAUCUGGCUUGUGAACGUGCGCGUUGCUACCUUGCGAACUUGUUCGAUACGCCAACACCGAGUGCAGCACCUUCUGUUGCUGGAACUUCUGCGGCUGGGGGCGCGGGGCAGGAUCCGAGUGCGGCGGAUGUACAGAUCCACCAGAAGAUCAGGGAUACCAUGUUCUACAUCUAG